CACGUAAAGGGAGAGAUUUUCUGCCAGUUUUAUGCUUUAAUACCAAACCUUAUGUGUAAUCUCGAGGUCAUACGCUCCAAUUUCACUGAAAGGCGGUUCUUCUCGAUGAAAUUCGAUAAAUACGCAGAUGAGCAAACAGUCUCCAAACUUACAAAAACUCAAAAUUCUUCAUCACCAGAAACUUAAUUGUGGUUUAUCGGAAAUAGCUCUUGUAGCAAAUGGGUCCGUUGUAACAGAUAGUCCAGACGAAGAGAUACCUAAAAAAGACACAAAACCUACAAGCUCUGCAACACUGAUACAAAAAGCCGAAGAAUUUUGCCGAAAAACCCGUGUAGUUGCCAACAAGUGCAAGGUUUUUGUUGGUAACGUUAGCUACAGAGUGAAGUCCAGAGAACUGAAGGAAUUUUUCACCUCUUUUGGAAAAGUUAUAUAUGCCCAAAUCAUCACGGAUCGUAUGAAAAAACGUUCUCGGGGGUUUGGAUUUGUGACCUUUAGUAAUGAAUGGGAAGCACAGAAAGCCAAAGAUUCUUCAGAUGAUGAGAGAACUUUAGAAGGAAGAGUCAUGAAAGUUUGCACUCCAGAAAGAAGGAAGAAAGGUUCUAAAAAUUUCAUUCAGGAAAGCACUAUUGAGGAGGUACUUGAAUCUUAUCGUGAGAAUGGAAAUGACAAGAAGGAAGCUGGUGAAGAGGCAAUGGAAUCUUGUGAUUGCACUAUCAGUGGAUCCAAUGAACUCAGGUCUUUGCCAGAAAUUUUUAAACUGAAUGAGUACACCAUGCUCCACAUCUUCUUGUAUUUAAGUCCUAAGGAUAGGAUCAGGAUUGAAAGAGUAUGCAGAAGAUGGAGACUACUGGCCAUUAAGUCAUGGCAUCGCAUAACCCAUCUUGACUUCCAAGGAGUGUUCACAUCAUUUAAAGGCAUGGGAGGCCUUACUGAUGAAGUUCUGUGGUCCAUUUUAAGACGAGGAUGCCAGAAUCUGACUUCUCUUGACUUGUCCCAAUCACCUCACUUCUUGACAGAAUUUGCAGUCCUUUGUAUUGGCAAACAAUGCAAGUUGUUGACAGAGCUUGAUUUAAGUGGAGUUAAAGUUAGUACAUCAUCAUUAAAGAACUUGUCCCAAAGCUGUAAACAAUUAGAGAAAAUUACUCUUCAUAGAUGUCACAGAGUUGGCGAAAAAGCACUCUGGUGGCUCUUCAAGAAUUGUCAAAAACUGCAUCAUGUCAAUUUGGAGGGAAACAAAAGUGUGAGGGGACAGUGUUUCUUUAUGCUACCACCAGCUUGUGAAAAUUUGUACCUGAAUGAUUGCACUCAGUUGACGGACAAAGGAAUGAUAUACAUUGGUGAUAAAUGUAAAAACUUGAGAAUCAUCAAUGUAUCAGGCUGUAUCACUUUGACUGAUGAGGGCAUCCUUCAGUUGACACAGCACUGUUGUAUGAUAGAGUCAUUAGUUUUCUCACAAGCAGGACACAAUGUGACUAGUCAAGGACUACAGAAUAUUGCUAAUUUGUCAUUGCUGAAAGAGUUGGAUCUAUCAAAGAACGCUGUGGUCAACGAUGAGUUGCUGUUUAGCAUUGGAAGAAGUUGCAUUCAUUUGAAGUUUCUCAACUUGGACUCCUGUGAAGGAGAAAUAACGGAUGCAGGAUUACAGUGCUUGAUCUCUUGUUAUCAGUUAUUUUCUCUUGUCAUCAGCUACUUAACAAGGAUUACAGACGAGAGUGUAAUACACUUGUCCUCUAACGGAACCUUGGAGAGGCUGGUGGCUAGGGCGUGCCCAGGACUCACGGACAAAUCUAUCGAGAGUCUGUUACAAAGUUGUGGCCAAUUGACUAUUCUGGACGUUAGUGGCUGUAGUGGAAUCACCAACGCCUCUCUUGAGCUGCUGAGUCUGCAUUGCAUAUCAGAGGACCGACCCGUCAUCAACUGCACCGUUGGAGGUACAGCCAUAGACGAAGAAGCAAUAACUCGAUUUCGGGAGACAUCUUAUCGAUGCUUUGUGUUUUGCAUCGACUAUUCUGUUAAUCCAAGGAUUGAUGCUGUUCCGUCCCAUGGUUCAGGAGCUUUCUUCCGCGAAGAAGACGAUGACGAGUUUGAUGAAUUUGAUGAUGAGUUCGAUGAUGAGGAUGAAGAAGAACAUGAACAUUUUCAUAACAUUGUUGACGAUGAAGAGACUUGGAUGGCCGAGGACUCGUUAUGGUGGCGACCAGGCGAUGCCGAAGAUUUCCUGGAGGCCGAUUAUCCUUCGUUACUGGCGGAACAACUGUACAGAUCGUAGCAUAUGGAAAUAAAACUGAAGCAUUAUUAUCGAGUGAAAAGGUCUACGAGGUCUUCACUGUUAUCUGCCUAUUAAAUACCUCUUUGGGAGAGGAUGAUUUCCCAAAAUGUCUGGGCGCGUGCGCUGAAAACUGGGUCGAGUACACGUUGUCGUGGCUCAUCUUCCUAGGCGAAGCAUACGAAACGACGAACUAGUAUCUCUCUAAGGCUCAACUGUCAACCUCGUCACACAACCAAAACGCUGUGCUGUGAGAACUUAUCGCGGGUUUGGAAGUACCCAGUGUGGACUAUUGAGUGAUGUUAUUGCGUGACUCAUUUCAGACGACCAAGGGCCUUAGUCACGCACUGCACAAUGAAUGAUAUAUAUGCAGCGAAAAGGACGUUGGUGACCAUUACAAGCGAUCAAGCAUUUGGCGAACGAGUGAUUUUGAGACAGCGUUUCUGUAUCUGCAUGACGCCCAUGAACAGGUGUCUUACAGAAAAGAGAUGUUUGCGAAACAAUAUACUUAAAGGAUCGACGUCUAAAUAUUCGGAAUAAAAUCAUUGAAAUUGACCGAAAGGGCAAGGAGAACAAACGCUUUUAGGGCUAGACAAAAAAUGAAUCGUUCCAAAGUUUUUCAUCAGCCAUUUGUGUCAUUUUUCAUUUUUCUGAGGCUUCAUCUUUAACCCCUAAACCCCUAAUAGUGAUUUGUAACUAUUUUCACCUAUCAGUCACACCCCUAAAACAAACAUUGAGGUCAUGAGAAUCAAGGAAAUGAUCACCAACCAAAGAAGCUCUUGAUUGUUAAACAAAUUCACUUUGUCAGUACCAUAGAAAAUGUAUAGAGAGUAGUAUGGAGAAAGUGUAUACUGAUGUUAGGGUGUAAAGGACUAAUCGUCCUUGAAGGAUGGCUAAGGAUGAAGAAAAUUGGCAGGGGACGCGGACGACUAACUUGGAAAGUUUAGGCUCAGUUGUUCAAAGUUUUUAAGCGCUGACUUAGCCAUUAAAAUGGACGUUUUUCCUCGCGCA